GGACCCCAGGCGCCAUCCACGUCUCUGACCUGCCCUUUCCCUAUUUUCAUAUAGAAACAAACACAAACCAUGAGUCAGAAGAUUGUGACUGAAUUUCAGCAACUGCGGCAGUUCCUGGUGGAACAAGAGCGACUCCUGCUGGCCCAGCUGGACAAGCUGGAUGACGAGAUUGUGAGGAUCCAGAAUGAAAAUGUCAGUAAACUUUCCGAGCAGGUUUCCCAUCUCAGUGAGCUGAUCAGUGAGAUGGAGGGGAAGUGUCAGAAGCCAGUGAGUGAAUUUCUGCAGGAUGUCAGAAGCACCUUGAGCAGGUACAUGGCUCUCUCACUCCCCCUCACACUACACAACGCUGGGAAAGAGCUUGGGGGUGAUGUUGGCACUGCAUCUCCCCAGGGCUCUACAGCCAAAUGUGUGGGGAAGGUCACAUGUUGGAUAUAAAU